AUGGGUACAAAGAACCAGCACCCUGGGGAUGUGUACGGCAAGGCAGCAGCUGAAACUAGGUUGUUGUCCGGGGCAUUGAGUGGUUGUAGUGGUAGGACCAACUUUAAGAUCCCAUCCCCGUUCAUCGAGUACUGCAACAAGCACAUCAAUGUAACCCUAUAUGUCGUCAUCCUGGGCCUGGAGCAUGUAUGUGGACCGAAGGAAGUUGCGGCAAGGAAGCACUGUUUUUGCAGAAAAUCAAAAUAUUUCAUGCCAAUUUUUGUAGUGCACGAGCUAGUUCGCCUGUGGGGAGAGGGAGAUUUAGGGUGCCACCGUCCUACUCUUCGGCGUCAAAACCCAGGCGUUCAAAAUGGUGCAACAUUGAGUCUACUACUGCUCCGCCCAGUAGGGAUUUGAUUGGAGUAGCAGCCCAUUGCAGCUGCGGGAGGAAUUUAGA